CCCUGCUUGGACGGGGCGCCAAGCCCACUAUGCCAAGUUUGUCUUAGCCUCACCUGGUCGCCCCAUCCCGCAUUUGGAACAAACCGCCAGUAGUUAAAUCCCAGCCCAGCCCAGCCAGCUACCUCACCAUUCCAUCAUUCCAAGGUUCAAGGGGGUGAGGAAGUCUGCGAUAUAGCUUCAGAGAGCUCCAGGUCAGCCUGCAGUAUACUUGUCAUUUACAUAUCCGCCUUUCGAGAGCCCAGGCGCAGGCAUUCAACACACAUGGACAAAGCAGCGUCGCACUCACUACCAACCUCCAUCGGGCAACAUCUCGACGCGAAGCGCACUGCUGUUGAAGAACCAAAUAACGCCCCAGACCCUAAAAGAAUCAAAAGCUUUCAUGAUGGGUCGACAGAACCGGAGUCUAAAACUCCGGCUAUGAGGACGGUGCCUUUCCCGGAGAAGUUUUGGAAGAACGAAAUGGCGAGAUCGAGUUCCGAGUUGUCAACAAUGACGGCUCAAGAGAGAGUACAAUCAUCCUUACAGGUCUCAAAUGCCUGUUUCAAAAACAACUUCCCAAAAUGCCCAAGGACUAUGUCGCGCGUCUUGUCUACGAUCGCGCACAUCUCUCCAUGGCCAUCGUCAAAAUGCCUCUGGAAGUCAUUGGCGGAAUAACAUUCCGGGAAUUCCGUGACCGCGGGUUUGCCGAAAUCGUGUUCUGCGCCGUCUCGUCGCACCAGCAGGUGAAAGGAUACGGCGCGCAUCUCAUGUUCCAUUUGAAAGAUUACGUCAGAGCUACUGGGCCGGUGAUGCAUUUUCUAACCUACGCCGAUAACUAUGCCACGGGCUAUUUUCAAAAACAGGGGUUUACCAAAGAGAUCACGCUCGACAGGUCCAUCUGGAUGGGGUACAUCAAGGACUAUGAAGGGGGCACGCUCAUGCAGUGCUCCAUGCUUCCCCGAGUACGCUAUCUCGAAGUCGGCCGCAUGAUUCUCAAACAGAAGGAAGCCGUCCUCGCCAAAAUGCGCACCUUCAGCGAAAGCCACAUCAUCCACCCCCCGCCUCCGCAAUGGGCCAACGGCCUCACUGUCACGUCCAUCGACCCACUCUCCAUCCCCGCCAUUCGCGCAACGGGCUGGUCGCCAGACAUGGACAAGUUAGCCCGCGAACCGCGCCACGGCCGCCAUUUCAACGAACUGCGGCGUUUUCUGAAUGAAAUCCAGAACCACAAACAGGCAUGGCCGUUCCUCGUUCCGGUGAACAGGGAUGAGGUCCCCGACUAUUACAAUGUUAUUUCCUCGCCGAUGGACCUGUCGACUAUGGAAGAGAGAUUGGAGUGCGAUUCUUAUACGACUCCGAAAGACCUUGUUGCUGAUCUGAAGUUGAUUUUUAGCAAUUGUCGCCAGUACAAUGAUGCGAGUACAGUGUAUGCUAAGUGCGCUGUCAAACUGGAGAAGUACAUGUGGAGUUUGAUCAAGAAGAUUCCGGAGUGGGCUGACUUACUUGAAGAUUGAUUGGUUCUUGUGCGUCCUGUUUCUUUUGGGGUUAGGUCUGUUAUUGAGCGAAACGUUUUACAUGGGAUUGCGAGUUAGUCUGGGGUGGCACUGGGUUCACGUACUGCUGGCGAGAAUAUGCUGAGUCUUUUGGAGUUCAGCUCAUGACAGCGCCGGCGCUGGGUCUUAUUGUCUUGCAUUUUACAAUUUUGGGUUGGGUUCAGGGCUUUUUUGAAUAAGGAUGAUACCACAGGCGAUCCCUACUACUAUUAUACCUCUCUCUAGGGCACUUUGUCAGCUUAAUACUUCGAAUUUUUAUCUCUUAGCACUUAUACCCUCUCAAUGGGCAUCGCUGACACAACACUCAACCAUGACUAGAUUCAACUAUAGUCGCGCCCCCUAUCUUUCCUUUCUGUACCUGGCCAAGCUAAGCCGUGGAGUCAAGUUUCUUUUUCACUGGCAUUCAUACAUUCCUUCCAUCCUGGCAGACCUGGCUACCUAUUGGCGUAUCAGCACUGGCAGCUGAACACCAAGGCUAGUGGGCGAAGUGAGCGGGCAGUAGAUGCUCUAAUGCUACGUGAGGUGGGGGAAUGAGAGGUACCUAGGUAAUCGACGAAACACUUGCAGCGAUGCGAAAAGCUGUCGAUGAACUCGAAUCUCUUCAUGCAACAUGACAGCCCCCAUCUAUCUAAUUAAGAUGCAAAACGUUUAUUACUUCAAAAUUAAAGCGCUGCUUUGAGUGAUAGAUAGCUACAGAGAAACGGGAGACUUGCUUGAUAGAAUAAAAAGGGUAGAAAAAAGAAGACCUCAUCUUUCUUUGUUGAUUCUUCUUAAAUGAAUGAGUAUAGCUAAGAUCUCUGGGUAUAGGUACUGUAUCUCCACUCUGGCUUGAGCAUUGUAUACAAAGCAAAAUAAGAAAACAAAAACAAUAAUAAUAACUACUACUGCACCAGCAGCAAAGUAAUACAAAAUCAAAGAAAAUAUUCCAACGUCGAUAUCCAAACGGCCAGGGUUAAACAAAAUUGACGAGAGCGAUCUAGGCCGAUAUGUUGAAUAAGGAGUUCGGUGGGGCGGAGGUUAGACAGAGUGCGUGGA